AUGGCGGCGUUUAAAUCGCGUUCCUCAGGAGCAGCUGGAUCCGCUGCCGCAUCAACAUCCGCCACGCCUGCACCCGCAUCGCUGGCAGAGACGCUGUCGUUCCACAAUGCACCCCGCACCUUCAAGUCGGCCGAAUUCAGCGCGCGCAUGGCCAAGAUGUCGAGCAACCUCGCGCGGCGCAACAAGAGCCUCAAACAGAUGCUGCAGAGCGAGCGCGAGGCUGCCAUGCGUGCCGCAGGGGCCAAAUUCAAACAGCGCAAGAAGAAGGAUGUCCAAAACAAGAGAUUGGUCGGAGCUGCUCUGCAGGCCGUAGCUAGGAGAGAGGAACGCGAACGCGCGGCGAAAACCGAACCAGAAAAGGAACCAACACCCACACCCGAAGAAGACACUCCAAAGGAAGACGCUCUGAAGGAAGAAGAGGAGGACGAAGAAGGCAAGAGGGAGGUGCCCACUUAUUCUUCAGUCGAGGCACCACCGAGUCUACGACCGGCGAAAAAGUACUGCGACGUCACAGGGCUGGUGGCACCCUACACGGAUCCCAAGUCGACACUCCGCUACCACUCGGUAGAGGUGUACGAGAUCAUCAAACAGUUCGGACCAGGCGUCGACAACGCCUACCUCUCACUACGCGGCGAUGCAUCGCAGAUCAAGUAA